AUGGUUCGAUGUGGUCUGAACCUGUCCAUUGGGUGCACUGGCUCUGGGACCUAUAGCGAGAGAUUGAGGAAUGAUCUGAAAACAGCUUUGGAUAAGAUCUAUCAGCAAUACCUCAAUGAACUUCUGGGUGAUCAAGAACCUGGAGAGGAACCUGGAGAGGAAGACACACAGAAUGAUUUGAAAUUUCAUAAAGAAAACACCAUCAUUGAAGAGGGCAUUAUUUUUCUUAGGGCAUUGGGAGAAUCUUUAGGAAAAGGUGAUGAUCACAAAGACAUGGACAUCAUUACCAAGUUCCUUAAGUUUGUCCUUGGUGUUUGGGCUAAAGAAUUGAAUGCCAGAGAUUAUGUGAAGCGCAGCAUGCAGGGUAAACUGAAGAGUGCUACUCAGAAACAGACCAAGUCCUCUCUUAGACUUUUCAGAAUGUUAUAGAAAAGGAAUCUUCCUGCUGAUAUUGAGAAAUCCAUAACAGAUAUCAUUAAAUUCACAUUGCAGAGAAAAUAUGUGAGAGCUAAUGAAGCUUAUCUUCAGAUGGUCAUUGGAAAUGCCCCUUGGCCCAUCAGUGUCACUGUGGUUAGUAUCCAUGCCAGAAUGGGUAGGGAAAAGAUUUUCUCCAAGCAUGUUGCACAUGUUUUGAAUGAUGAAACACAGCAGAAAUAUAUUCAGGUACACAGUUUGAAAGGAAAUAAAUUUCUCUGGAGGUUAACAUUCUCCAGUUUCAAAACUAAAUUUUGAGAACAAAAGAACUAUAGCAAAUAGGAAAAUAGGACAUAGCAUGAUAGGGUGUAAGUCCACACCUUAUAGAUACCUGUGUUCAAGACGUCUUUGCUGAGUAAAAUAAAAACCUUUUAAGUUUCCUGUACGAUGCAAGGCAGGGUGGUGGGUUAUGCUUUUGUGCAGAGCAGCAAAUUUAUUUUGCAGGAAAUCUUGUUUUAUUACUUUCAAG